AUGGAAUAUUCCGAAUUUAUAGGGAUAAUACAGGAAUCAUGCAGUGGUGUGACUGAAAAUGGAGAGGAUGCUUCAUCGAAAAUUAAGUUUUAUUUCACUAAAUCUGUUGAAAAUCAGUUUGAAGUUUUUAAUUUAUUUGUUCAAGCUAUAUCAGACCCAACACUAGAUGAAAUUAUCAAAGUUGCUACAUUAUCACUUCUUUACCAAGCAAUUCAUUCUUUAAGUCCAAAUGGUUUUUGGAGAUCAUCAAAUUUUCAACCAAUUAAAGAAGCUAUUCAAUCAUCAGUCAUAAACUCACUUUUUUCUGAAAGUGUUAUUAUCAGAAAUGAAUCAUCAAAGGUCAUUACAGCUAUUUUUGGAGUACAAAACGGAUCAUGGCCAUCAUGCCUUGAAUAUUUAGGGAACAAAAUAGAAAAUUCUUCCGAAAUUGACGAAAUCUCCGCUGUUGUUUACGCUUUUAACGAUCUAAUUAAUGAUAAUUUUAUAAAAGUUGUUGAAUCAUCGAAAAAUCUACAGCCUUUAUUCCAAGUAUUCGACAAAACACUUGCUGUGA